AUGGCCCUUUCAACAUUUCAGAAACAUCUCCAACUCAUCAAAACAUACGUUGCAAGAGGAGAUUAUACUGAUUUUGAUCGCGGACUUGCUUGUGGUAUUAAGUUCGGUCCCAACUAUAUGCUGGUUAAUACCAAGCGUCUCAAAUUAUUUAUGGGCCGUUCAAAAUCUUGUUUGAACGGUUGUUUCCAUAAAUGCGGGUACAAUGUUUCAAGAAUUUCUUCCGAGGAAAAUCAAAUUAUCGCCGAGUUUUCCAGAAGAUCCGGGCGCCCACUUCCACAGCCGCGUCAAUGGUGCAUUAGAUCCAACGAUCCAAAUAUUGCAUCAGCUCAAUCUGAAUCAAUUUCCGAAAGUGAAAUUGAAAUCGAACCAAUGGAGACCUACCUUAAUGUUUCUUCAUUGCUCAAUCGCAAGCCCGAGUCUAUAUAA